AUGGGUUAUGCAAUGCAGAGCAGCCAAGGAGAGCAGAACUCAUCCGGAGCGACCAACAAAACAAUUAAUGUGACAUUUGUGAUUGAUGACUUUGCAGGCGUGAAUGCAUUGGCUGACAGGAACAGCCGUGCGGUUGUUAGAGUUGGAUGGAUGAGGUCGAUGUUGACGUCGAUUGUUAAUGUUAAAGAAUUUGAGAUGUUUAUGAAUAGUGAAAGUGCUAGAAGAAGCGGAGGAGGUAGAAGAAUAAGCAUGGCUGUUGCAUGCAGUUCCAAGCUGAUUGAUGUAGUGCCAGGCAUUCUGGGGUGUAAUGUGGAGAUCGAUGAGCUUAUGAGGAGAUACAGGCUGGUAUGCAAGGAUAGGGCGGUACAUCCAUUGACUGAGCUUGGCGAUCUUGAAAAUGGAAGUACUGUUGCGAUUGUUCGGAUUGCACAUGCAAAUGAUGGCAGAAUACUGUCCAUUCAUGAUUGGGCAAUGAUGAGGAAUGCGGUGUGUGGGCUGAGGAAUCAAGGAAACACGUGUUUUAUGAACAGCGGACUGCAGUGCUUGAUGAAUUGCUGGAAGUUUUCUGAGUACUUUAUACAUAAAGAGCAUGAACUGGUGCUGAACACAAGCCUGCCGAAGAAGGCUAUGCUUGUUGAUGCAUACUACAGACUUGUUCAACAGAUGCAUGAUGGAAAGACUCGUGUGAUCACGCCGGGUGAGAUGAAGAAGAGGAUGGGUGACUUGUACAUUGAAUAUGAUUAUAACGAGGAGCAGGAUGUUAUUGAGUUUGUUGGCAAGCUUCUCUACUCGCUCCAUGAGGGAAUGGUAAGCAUGCCAGGCAAUAAUGAUGGUGGGUGGUGGAGCUGCAACAAGUCGAUUGUGACAAAUCUGUUUUUCUUUGAUCUGAAAUCAACACUAGGGUGUUUGAGAUGCAGCAAGGAGAAGAUUUGCAUCGAUCCUUGCAUGUACUUGUCACUACCGAUUCCUCUAAGGCGCAGAAGCGAUGUGUUGUUGUUCUACGAAUCGGUGGAUAGAAGACCUGUGAGCAUACGUGUGAAUGAGAAGCUCGAAGUAGAAGAAAUGAAGGCAAUGAUGCGAAAGGAUUACGGAGUGAGAGGUAUGAUUAUCUGUGUGGUCUAUGACAGAAAGGGGGGCGCAGAGGAAGUCAAGGAUGGAAUUCUGAAAGACAUUGGCCGUAAGUUGUUUUGUUACGAAUACUUUGAAGAGAAGAUUGGGUCAUACUUCUGGAUAUCCCUGAAGAGCAGGGGAAUGCUUAUGGAGAAGGCACUAGGCAUUGGAUUAUUGGGGCAUGGAAAGCUGGCCGAUGAGUCUUGUACGUAUAGAGCGGUGUGCGAUGCGCUUCUUCAUGUUGUUGAUCGAGAAAACAAGUGGAUGCUUGAUGAUCGAGCGGUGUCCUCGUAUCUGAAGUUGGAGUAUGCCUCGAAUGCAGAUGGAGGGCUGUUAGGUAUACCUAUUGUAACUGUGAUCAGUAAGAGCUAUCGAGGAAGUAGGGUGUUUGAUGGGCCAUGCAGCAUUCCUUGCAUUAUCACAGACAGGAGGGAUGGAUUGACUACGAUUGAGGACUGUUUGGAUGUGUUUCUUGAGAAAGAGGAGUUUGGGUGUCUUGAGCUUCUUGAGUGCGAGGGAUGUGGAGGAAAGCAGAGGUUUUCAAAGAAGAUAGACUUUGGAAGCCAUCCUGUAUAUCUGAUUAUCCAAUUGAAGCGGUUUGAGUAUGUAAAUGGAGCAAUAAUGAAGAUAUCCACGCCUGUUGCGUAUUCAACGGAGGAGAUGGUUGUAGGAGGCAUGCGCUACAAAACAAUUGGGGUGUGCAACCAUGACUCGGAAUACUCCACAGCCACUGGGCAUUAUGUAAGCUAUGUAAGGAAGGACAGGUGGUACCUGUGCAAUGAUCAGAGGAUUAGUGAGGCGAAUGGUGUGAGCAAGGACGACACAUAUGUUAUUUUUCUGGAAAGAAUAGAGUAG